AUGCAGGCCGAAUUCUACAGGCUUCGUGAGGAGAGUAUACCAAUCACUCCGUCAGCUAUUGUAAACAGUGUAUCAUUUCUCGCUACAAAAAGUAAGGCUCGUUCGCGUCGUGUGAGACAAAGCAUAUGGGAAAAGAUUAACGCCGCUCGAGAGGAGUACCUUUUCGCGCCACUUAGCGUGGCUCAACAGGGGUGUAUAGACGCUAUGUACUACGACGAAGACGACUCGUGGGAGUUUCUUGUCGACGUCGGGAAGUUUCUCCCUGUAACCGGGGAUUAUCCCUUCGUCAACAUGCGAGCUGACGACAUUGAUCAUAUCCAGAGCAACCGCGUGGUUCGCCACGAUUAUCGCGUUUAUCUCAUGGAAUUUGCCAUGAGUGAGGGAUGGGUGGUGGAACGUGGUUUCUAUGAUCGUUACAACGAGACUGAUGCACGUGAGGCAUUCAAGCAUGCUCGUUUGCCCAACCGGGUCCCUGAGACAUGUGUUGAAUUUCUUCACGUUGGUGGAACGGAUGGUGUUCCGGUCGAGCUCCUAUCUCACGCCCUAGCGCUCAUAGCGACAGAGGAAGAAGGAAGGGACAACGACACGGGAUAUGCCACGUGGGCUAGUGGCCUGGACGACGAUGGCCAGGAAGAGGCGGAGGAAGAAGGCGCCUCGCAUGACGAUAGCGAUGACCCGGUCGAUGAGGAGUACGAGGGGUCGCAGAGAACGCAGAGGCCAGUUUCUGCAGUUUCUAGCGCUGCUCCAAGGGCCGAGACUGUUGGAGAGGAUGGUGUCCCGUUGAGUGCGCGUUCUGGCGGCCAAGGGCCGGUCGUCCCGCCUACCGCAAGUCGUACUCCUACGAGCUACACUGCUGAAUACGUCGAGCGCCUUCAGACUGAACUCAGGGACCGUGACAUGAAACUCCUGGAACUAACUAAAAAUACUCGUUCUUGUGCAAGGCAGGCAGUUGCUCACGGCGACAAGAGUGAGGGACGAAACAAGCGCAAGCACUGUGUUGCAAAAUCAACUGCAAUGGAACCGGGGAUGCACAACGCGCGGGCGUUUCGACACACUCUUUUGGACGACCAUCCACGUCACCAAUUCUCACCCUGGGUGCAACGUGCUCUGGAGCACGAGUUUCACACAGUGUACGCAGGUGGAGUGCAACCAUCAGAGGGCUACACGUCCUGGGCCGGUACUUGCGGCGAGGCAGACCUUGCGAUCCCUGCAUUAACCACUGGACUACCCGCAAAGAUGACGCAGGCUCAGGAGAUCUUGCUGCACAAGAUGCCUGACGCGCUCAUGAGCUUGUGGCCUUUGGAUACGCUCGUGGAAAAGGCCCUCGCCAUGGCACUUGAAUACGAGAGCAAGGCUGACCUGCAGCGACUUCAUUUGGUGUGGUCAAACGAUCAUGAUCGCAGUGAGGCCUUCACAGCGCGCAUGCAGGUGUACAGGUCAAACCUCUGGACCAGCGCCCGUGGUUACUUCUAUGUGCUGAAUGGGAUGCCUUUCAAGAAGGCUCCGACCUCGCGGAUUCUACCCCCACCUGUUCCCGAUCCCUCCCUUGUGAAACCCACGACUGUCACUGAGUUCAUGGACAAGUUCAAAGCCGAUUCUGACAGCCACGAGCUCAUGACCUGGCACCGAGGCCAAGGCCGCAAGCGCGUGCCGUUCUCGACGGAGGCAUUUGACACGGGAGUGUUUGAGACACUAAAAGGGUCGCUAGAUUCGCCGCUGGUCGUGAAGGCAUAUGCAGUGGCCUUCUGGCUUUUCGGGACUGAGACGCCAAUGCUGACGGGGUGCGAUUUAAAGCGCAGUGGGCCACAAAACGAGAACACCGUCCGCUGGUAUCACUCGCGCGUGAAGGCAUGGGCCCGCCAGGCAAUUCUCGAACGCAACGAGGAAGAGGGACCCUGGUACAAGCCCCAGCACGAGGCAUGGGCAUUCAAACGCAGGGCGAAGGUUCUGAUUUCAGAUGACGGCAUUGACCUGGGGAGCAUUGUCGCCAAUGCAGCACAGGAAUGA